AUGGCCAACUCUGAUAGCUCUGCUCUUCCUCCCAAUGACCAAAAUCCUUCCAAUACCAACAACACCAAUGACCAAAGUCCUACGUCCACCAUCAACAACCAACCCCAUCAGCCACCUGCUGUUUCCACCAUCAUUACCAUCAAAUUGACCCGCUCCAACUACCCACUGUGGUUGGCUCAAAUUUCUCCAAUUCUUCGUAGUCGUGAUCUUUUUGGCUACGUUGAUGGCACAGUCCUUUGUCCUCCCAAGUUUCUUCCUGGUAGAGACGAAAGUGUCGUCAACCCUUCUUAUCCCUAUUGGGUCCAGCAAGACCAGACAAUAUUGAGUUGGAUAAACAACUCACUCACUCCGUCUGUGUUGUCUACUGUGGCGUUGUCUCCCACAUCUCGUCAAUCCUGGUUAUCCUUGGAACGUCGCUAUGCAUCCACCUCUCACAACCGCAUCCUUCAUCUGCGUAAUGAGCUUCUUCGCACCGCCAAAGGCGACUUGUCCGUUUCAGAUUACCUGGACAAAAUCAAUUCGAUUGCAGAUAAUCUUGCCCUCGCAGGAAGCCCCAUUAUGGAUCCUGAUCUUGUUACUAUUAUUAUGAACAACGUCGGACCAGCUUUUGAAGUUACUGUUAGUGCUGCACAGGCCAGGGACACUCCGAUUACAUAUGAGGCCUUGGAGGCUCUCUUACUCACUACCGAGCGUCGUCAAGGAUAUAGCACUUAUGAUUGA